GUUAGCUCUCUUUGUUCAUGCUGAGUAUGAUUAAUAAUUUGAUUGAUUUACUUUUGGGAAUACGUUAAUUUUGAAGAUAUUGCAGAAAGUUUUAAUUUAAAAUGCAAACUGGUAUGAGGAGCGCAUUACGUUGCGUUCACUUAUCACCGCAUGUUUUGUCCAUGUUGACGAAGCGUUUUAUGCCUGCUCGUGGAACAAAACCUUUACCAAGAUAUCUCUGGGAUAUGGAUGAUCUAAAAAAGCAAACAAAAGGAAAAUACACGCAUGAACCUUUAGUUUUACAUCGCCUUGGUGGACGUGACCCCAAAACAGGUCGAAAAGUCAAUCAACAUAUCGGUGGCGGUGUCAAAUUCGACUAUUUCAUGAUCGAUUUUCAUCGACGUGGUCCAAAAGAGCCUGAUGCCACUUAUGAUGAACGAGUUAUUGAAGUACGACGAGAUCCAAAUAGGACAUGUUCUAUUGCGCUUGUUGCUGGUUGGGAAGGUAAACGAUGGAUAUUAGCAACGGAGAAUAUGAAGGCUGGACAAAUUAUCAGUACGACGUGUUACAUACCUGAAAGUCCACAAGAAGGAAUAGAAGGGAAUGCAUAUCCGUUAGGAGCGUUGGCACCUGGUUCAUUAGUUAAUUCAGUGGAAAAAUUCCCAAAUGAACGGAAGUACCCUUCAACGGAUGAUGAUGUCUUUAUUGUUACUGCUGGCACAUGUGCUGAGAUUAUCAGGCAUCAGGGCGAUUUUGUUAUUGUCAGGCUACCUCACAAACACGAAUUUCUUUUGUCAAAAGAAUGCAUGGCUACAGUUGGCAGGUUGUCACAUGCAGAAUUCCACGACAAGAUUUUCGGUUCAGCACAAAUGCAUCGACGAUUUGGCUACAAAAUGGCCAGUGGUUUGUUCCAGAAGAAAGAUGGCUACUUGGGUCGGAAAAUACGAAGAUUACCACCACCGAGAACAUUGACACCAGAAAGACCACCGCAGGAAUUGGUGUCAUUUACCCUCACCAAGGAACAACAAAGCGGACUCACUGGCAUACAUCGCAUGCCACAGAUGGCUCACGCUGGCUUCAAUUAUCGUGAAUACCCGGAUUGACAUUGCUGCUUGCCAUGUAUGUAAC